GGUGGUAAAACCUUCCAGCUCCGCGUCUGUGUUAAUUUAGGUCAUUUAUUCGAAGCUACAACCCCGAAUUAAAAUAAAAAACAACCCUAACGUGCUCGGCGGAAACUCCGCCUCUUUGUCCAUAACGGGAUCUCCGGGAGCGGCCGUCCCCCUCCGCCAAUCAGAUCGCCGCGCUGCCGCGGAGCGACUCACGCCCCCUGUUCUCUGCACGUACUUGGAACAUUUUGUUUACGAAGCCAACUUCGUUGCUGUGGCUUCUCCUUGGCCUUUUCCCGCGAUUAACAGCAACUACAUUACAAAGCUCCCACGGACCGGCCAUCGAAGUCACCGAACAGCAGGCGGACAGACGCGAGGACGUCACGCUCUUAGUUUUGCGUUAAAGUAAUGAAAGAGAAACACGCCCUCGCUUCAUGCUGCCGUUCCACAAAGAAGAAGUUAUGGCUGUUUGCGAAGGGACGAAGAGGAGAAAGGUAAGCGGGGGUCUGCGGGGCUGCAGGCGCAGCGAGGCGGGGAAGAUGAAGCUCGAGCCGUGCAUAGUCCUCCGCUCGCUCGUCCUGGGCGACAACAACCGCCUGAAGCGCGUGCCGGAGGAGGAGGGGGACGACGACUGCUUCGCCAUCAGCUUCGUCCGCGGCGGCCGCCAUGAGGCCGGCGCGGCGGCGGCGCCCCGGUACAGCCUGCUGCGGGAGGUCGGCCGCGGGAGCUACGGCGUGGUGUACGAGGCGGUCGCCCGCAAAACGGGAGCCAGGGUGGCGGUGAAGAGGCUCCAGUGCGACGCCCCGGAAAACGUGGAGCUGGCCCUGGCCGAGUUCUGGGCCCUGACGAGCCUGGAGAACCGACACCAGAACGUGGUGCAGCUGGAGGAGUGCGUCCUGCAGAGGAACGGCCUGGCCCAGAAGAUGAGUCACGGGAACAAGAGGUCCAAGCAGUACCUGCGGCUGGUGGAGACCUCCCUCAAAGGUGAGCAGGAUGACGUCAUCGCCAGUAAUGAAGGGGAACGCAUCCUGGGUUACCCUGAGGAACCUUGCUACCUUUGGUUCGUCAUGGAGUUUUGUGAGGGUGGGGACCUCAACCAGUACAUCUUGUCCCGCAGACCCGACCCCCAGACCAACAGGAGCUUCAUGCGCCAGUUGACCAGCGCAGUAGCGUUUCUCCACAAGAACAACAUUGUUCAUCGGGACCUGAAGCCGGACAACAUUCUCAUCUCACAGAAAUCGGGUUCACCGGUCCUGAAAGUGGCAGACUUUGGCCUCAGUAAGGUUUGUGCAGGCCUGAACACCAAGACCUGUGAAGAGCACCCUGCAGCAGGAGCGGAUGUCAGCAACCAGAACAACAUGGUCAACAUAAACAAGUUCUGGCUGUCGUCAGCUUGUGGCUCGGACUUCUACAUGGCCCCAGAGGUGUGGGAGGGCCACUACACAGCCAAGGCUGAUAUAUUUGCCCUGGGCAUCAUCAUCUGGGCAAUGAUCGAACGCAUCACCUUCAUCGACGCCGAGUCCAAGAGGGAACUGCUGGGCACCUACAUACGACAGGGCGCAGAGAUUGUGCCUGUCGGUGAGGCUCUGUUGGAGAACCCCAAGAUGGUUCUCCACAUCCCUCAGAAGGCGAGAAGCUCCAUGUCGGAGGGCGUGAAAAAACUCCUCCAGGACAUGCUGGCAGUCAAUCCUCAGGACCGGCCAGACGCCUUGCAGCUGGAGCUGAGGAUGGACCAGGUCACGUGUGCUGCGUGACGCCCUCGCCUUCCCCAAAUCUCCGCUUUUUUUUUUACCUUAUCCAAGUGAAGACGGGACCUCUUUACUUUCCCAGCUUUGUUUACUACAUGAACAUGGACCCCAGUGGGAAUCAGGACCUAAACUGUGAAGAAUCCACGAUUGUGACUUGAGCGGGAAGUGACAGAAAUAAUAUGCAAAUUGGACCACAGCUGUACUGGUCCAGCAGCAGCUGCCCACGCUGGGCUGGUGGAGAACAGGCGUCGAUAGAAGGGACUGGAUGCGACAUGUAACGUUUUAUACAACGGCCCCUGCGUAGCUCCUCCUUCACAUCCGUACAGUACUAAGCAGGUCUGUGUGUCUGUGUGUGUGUGUGUGUGUGUGUGUGUGUGUGUGUGUGUGUCAGGUCAAAGCGUGGGCUGGCCAGCGUUUUACUGAUGGAGAACAACGUCCUGCCCCAAACAACCCUUGUGCCUUAAGGACGACUCAUUCCAAGUGCGAUUGGAAGUUUAAAUGAAAUAGACUGGGAGGUAGAGAGGAAGCUUACACUCCAAAAAGAGCUCCAUCAGAGUUUAACCAACUUUUAUCAGAGAUUUGAACAAAGGUUGAACUGACUCAUGAAAUAACAGAAUCCUUUAAUCCUUUAAGUGAAGCUCGAACUUUGAAUUUUCUGACGGUAAUCUCAAUACUUGUAACUUCAACCGUUGAACAAACCUGUGUCACACUGGAGGCAGAGCAACUGUGAAAAUGAGCGUUCCAGAGGUUGGUUUAAACUUUUACUUUAAUACUGUGCAGUCAUGACCAAACCUGGAGCUGGUUUUACUGGGCGUUCUUCGCCGUUGAAUCCAAAGAGCCCGAAAGAAACUGUAAAUCUGCUGAGCAUCUGACAUGUUUGCCCAAUGAAUCUGUGAUCUGUUGGGAGAGUGACAGCUCUGUUAGUGUGUGUGUGUGUGUGUGUGUGAGUGUGCUUCUACAACACCGGCCUGGUGUCUGGGCUGCUUCUUGACAUGUGUGGACGGAUCUCUCUCGCAGACCUCGACAGGAAGCCUGAGGAUUUAGCAUCUGGACAGAAUCCUCAGAACCUGCCGUGGGCUGCACAUGCCACUGUCCCCCCUCAUCCCUUCCUUCCCCGCUUUAUUGGAAGGUCCCGGACGCUUUGCACAUGGAACACAUUCAGCCUGGCACUCAACCAGGAGCGGAGGGAGGUGGAUGUACAGCACGCUCCCCAGCACCGACCAGUGGGAGGACCACAGCCUCCCACAGCUCACUGUGGAGCGCGUCACUGGGCUCCAGGGACUCAGCAGCAGCACUCGUACUAGUACUGGUAGCAGCAGGUGUUCGUAGUGGUCCUACCUCAUUCUACCCCUUUUGUAGCCUGUCUCACCUCCUGCCUCAGACUCCUCUGUCCUCAACCAGCCUCACACUGACCCGAUGUGAUGUUUUGCUUUGUCUACAAAUAGCUUCUCCCUUUAUAGCGACUACAUCUGCAUCAUCUUAACGUCUCUAGGUGUUCGCAUUCAGCCGCCACGGCUCCCGUGAAAGAUGCAGAUGAACCAUUUGUUUCGGCUCCAUUUAAAAAGGAAACCGCACAGCACUCGUCGCUCAUAGGACCCGUAGACGCCGAGAGAUUUUAGUUUGUUCCUCACUGAAACCCUCCACGAGCAGCAGUAUUCCGUGUCGGUGUCUAGGUGUCACCCGGCCUCGGGCUGUAGUCUCUACACACUCGCGCUGCCCUCACCGCCUCUGUACGCGUCGGCUCAUUGAGCUCCUUCUUCUCUAGCAUUGGUUCCACUUGAAGACACUCGCUAUGCAAAAUGUUUGGCUGCCUCAGUGUACACACCGUGAACACGAUGUCGAUCCUAGUUUCCUAGUUCAUAUCUGCAGCGCGCACACAAACGUCUGUUGUAUGAUAAUGUGUUUUGUUUAUGAAGCUGACAGGAGCCAUUAGACAUUGGAGAAAGAGUUGUGUUUUUUGGUUGCUGUAAAUAUGUUUGACGACUUUUCUUGAAAUAAAAUGAAACUGUCAAAAUGUA